AUGAAUUACAGACGACGUGACUAUUGUGGAUCCUCUGGGGAGCCUCAACAACAUCAUGAAGCUGACGAGGCAGAGAAGAGUCUUUCCACAUCAGAACAUCUCAAGAAACAUCAGCGGAAACCCACGGGGAAGAAAUCUCACCACUGCUCUGACUGUGGGAAGAGUUACUCAAGCUCAGAUUCACUAAAAGUACACCAGAGAAUUCACACUGGAGAGAAAACUUAUAGCUGUGAUCAAUGUGGGAAGAGUUUUACUACAUCUAACCAGCUGACUAUACACCAGAGAACACACACAGGAGAGAAAUCUUACCACUGCUCUGACUGUGGGAAGAGUUUUUGUUCAUCAGGACAGUUAAAAUCACACCACAUAACACACACAGGAGAGACAUUUUACAACUGUUAUCAAUGUGAGAAGAGUUUUAGUCACUCAAGCAGCCUGAUAGUACAUCAGAGGAUCCAUACAGGAGAGAAACUCCAUAGCUGUGAUCAAUGUGGGAAGCGUUUUGUUGCAUCUAGCCAGCUGACUAUACACCAGAGAACACACACAGGAGAGAAACCUUAUAGCUGUAAUCAAUGUGGGAAGCGUUUUGUUGCAUCUAGCCAGCUGACUAUACACCAGAGAACACACACAGGAGAGAAACCUUUUAGCUGUAAUCAAUGUGGGAAGCGUUUUGUUGCAUCUAACAAGCUGACUAUACACCAGAGAACACACACAGGAGAGAAACCUUUUAGCUGUAAUCAAUGUGGGAAUAGUUUUGUUACAUCUGGAACCCUGAAAACACACCAGAGAACACACACAGGAGAGAAACCUUAUAGCUGUAAUCAAUGUGGGAAGCGUUUUGUUGCAUCUAGCUGUUGUACUAUACACCAGAGAACACACACUGGAGAGAAACCUUUCCACUGCUUUGACUGUGGAAAGAGUUUUGUUUCAUCAGGGAGUUUAAAAUCACACCAGAGAACACACACAGGAGAGAAACCUCAUAGCUGUGAUCAAUGUGACAAGAGAUACUCUGAUAAAAGAUCUCUGAUCAAACAUCAGACAAUUCAUACAUGAAGGAGGUGUUUCAUGAUAUCAAUGAAAUAAUGUCACAAUGUAGAAUGUUUUAAGAAUGUAGAAGGAAUAUUUUAAUGAAUAAUGUCACGAUUUAGAAUGUAUGCAACACUUCAAAGUGUAGCUAGAUGUUUUCUACAAAUGUUCCUCUACACAUUAUUCCCAGAUUCCCGUGUGGUUUUUUGAGCUGUUAGUUUUAAC